AUUAAGUUUAUUUAAAACGAACAGCUCUUUAUACGUAGGCCGAUGCUGUUUUAACGCGCCCUGCAAGGUGGAUUACUGACGAAAAGGGGGAGUUCAAUACUCAAGUAUUCAACGCGAUUUUAUAACCUGUGUUGCAAAGUUGGUUGAUGCCCGUAACUCUCACCGUCUGCUCGUGAGUCAUGUCACGCCGGAAACAGAAACGGCCCCAGCAGCUCGUUAACGCGGACCCCGGGGGCACGCGCUUGAUUCCGCAAGAUGACCUGCUCCAAGUGAAAUCUCUAUCCAUCUCUCUUGCCUCAGAAGCUACCUCGUCAUUUUCCUCUUCCUCUCCCACAUCCCUUCAGGAUUGUCAGCCUCCUUUGGCCCCAAGGCCAUCCCCUGGUGGCCUUCGUGCACCCUCGCUCCCCAAUGAGAGCUCCUCUCCUCCCCAUUGGCCUAAUCACAUUGCCUUAUAUACCACAUCUCUACCUAAUGCACAUUCAUCUCUUUCCCCGGACUUCCCACAUCCUUCGCUGUCAUCCCAGACCCAUUCCCCUCCUCCUGUCCCACAGAAAUCGGCUCAUGUUCCACUUCACCAGCCCCACUCCACUGUGACUUCUCCGCCAAUGGGUAUUUCGGCAACCACCUCUACCUCCUCCUCCUCCUCCUCUUUAUCCUCCUCAUCAUCACUGGGUGCCCCACCACAUCAAGGAAGCCCCAGUCCCAUCCACCAAACUCCUUCUUCACCUUCAGAGCAGCACCAGGUGCCUCCGACCCUGGCUGUGCUCUUGGAGGAGCUUCGGGUCCUGCAGCAAAGGCAGAUUCACCAAAUGCAGAUUACAGAAGAGAUCUGCAGGCAGGUACUGCGCCUGGGUGGUAUCGUCAGUGUCCAAGACGCACCUUUAAGUUCUGUGGAUGGUCAGCAGGGAGUGGCAGACUCUCUCUCCCCAAAUAACACAGCCUCUGGUGCCUACUUGAUUCCCCAAGCUCCUGUGUCAAAGCCCAUUCUGUCUCACACUAAUGGAAAUAGAGCUCAGUAUUCCUCCUCUUCAUCUUCAACACCCUCCUCAUCAUCCUCAUCUUUAGUCACCUCUUCAGCCUCUAUGCACCCCCUCUCUCUAUCAUUGGUACUUCCUCCUCGUUACCUCAAUGAAAAGCCCAACACCUCUGUCAGUCAUGGCAAUGGUGUGAAUUUCUCAGCUCCUCUCUUGCCCACACCCAGCCUCUCCCAGGACCAGCUAUCACUGAGUUCCACUGUUAUUACCUCAAACGGAUCUUCAACCUCCUCUUCAGGCCGACAGCAACACAUAUGCAGGUUCUGUGGGAAGGUUCUAAGCAGUGAUUCCUCUUUACAGAUCCAUCUGAGAUCCCACACUGGUGAGCGUCCAUACCAGUGUCCAGUCUGCCUCAGUCGCUUCACUACCCGCGGUAACCUCAAAGCCCAUUUCCUUCGUCACCGUGAGCAAAAUCCUGAGUUAUCGCUCUCCCUCUUGCCACCUGCUCUAUCCGAGCAGAGCCAAUCAGGAUCUGGCUCAGGGCCAUCACAGAGACGCAGGAAACGGCGUGCAGAGGAUGAGGAGCCUUUUGGGGUUAAAGGUAAUGUGAGCAUGCCAGACAGUUUAGCUCUGGGUUUCCUGUCUGGGUCAUCUCAUCCGUCUCCCUCCUCCCUUCCAUUGCCACCCAGUGUUGAUCUGACCCUACUUUCCACCGCCCACUCUUUGUUACAACUCAACCGUACCUCAGCUGCAGCUUCUGUUUCCACUAGCACACAGUCCUCAUCUCCAUCCAUCACCUCCUCCUCCUCUUCUGCUUUGAACAGUCAGUACAAAGGUGCAAAGCAGCAGAGGUUUGAUGAGAAUACACCACCACACUCCACCUUACACCCUGGUUCUCCAUAUUCCCAGCUGGCGCACCUUCCUAAAAUUCUUUUCCCUUCAGGUCCCUCUGCUCACCAUCCUAGCUUCGCCCUUCUCCGCCCUCCUCACCUCCCUCACCUUCCACUUACCUUCCCCUUCUCCACCUACUCCAAACCUCAAAAUGACUCUCCUCCAUCCUCCUCUCCGUCCUCCUCUGCCACUUCUGACACCUCCAAGCUGCAGAGACUUGCACAAAAAUUAGAAAAGCAGCCCCUCCCUAAAAGUGCCAAUGAUGGCCAGACAAACACUCAGGCUAAUGAUAGAUAUACAACAUCCAACGCUAAUGCUAUCUCGGCUUAUCGGAGGGAGAUGAUGGCAGCAUUAGGGCUGAAUCCCAACCCCAGCAGUGAGCUGAACAGCCUAGAGCUUCCAGGAUCAACUGCCUCCAUUUUGGCCCCUAAUCAGUGUGGGGUGUGCCUGCGUGUUCUUAGCUGCCCAAGAGCUUUACGUCUCCACCAGGCCACCCACUUGGGUGAACGCCCAUUCCCCUGCAAACUCUGUGGACGCUCCUUCUCCACAAAGGGAAGUCUAAGGGCUCAUCUGGCCACUCACAGAGCACGUCCAGCCAAUGUACGCGGUCAGAACUCCUGCCCUCUUUGCCAACGUAAGUUCACUAAUGCUGUGGUACUGCAGCAUCAUAUUCGGAUGCAUCUGGGGGGCCAGUUGCCUCCAGUGGGGAACGGGGAGAUGCAGUCUGAAGUUAACCCUGGUCAAGUGGAUGGAGUGACUUUGCCUAAGACCCUUCAAUCUCUUCCUCUCAAUAUGAGCAUGUCUUCCUCUGCCAGCAUGCUAGAGUCCGAUGCUAAUGCAAACCAGCUCAUGGAGUCUGAUCAAGAUCCCUAUGAAAACACUCCUGAGAUGAGUCCAUCCGUGACAGUGGAGAAGCAGGACAACGGCACCCCUUCCUCAGAAAUCAGCCCACCUGACAAUUCUGUUGCCUCUGAGGAGAAUAAUUGCCAUGGCACAACACAUCAUAGCAAGCUUCAAGUUUUAAAUAGUGCUGUAGAAGAAGAUGAAGACACACCUCUAUCCCUCUGUACUAGGACCAGCUCCCAGGACACUUUGUUUGGUAAAAAAUGGCAAAAUGGUCGUUCACAUCAUACAUUGAACAAUAUGCCAAAUCCUACUGUAGGCUUUGAAGCUCUGGAUCUGUCACCAGCUCUCACACCACCCUCCAGCCCAGGGGUGUUCACUGAGCCAAAGUUAGACCAAAGCAGCAAGCAGACAACACCUCUACUGAAUGGAAUAGACAAUGGUCUUGAGCCCAAUAAUGGAGACUUUCGCCCAGCCACAGAAAAUAUAUCUUUGCACUCCAAAGUUUCAGAUAGAGCCUUAGAGGAGAAUGUGAAAGCUGAGGAUGCACAGCAAUCUAAAACGGAGGUGUCAGCAGAAGAGGAUCAAGGAAAAGAGGCACAGGAUAAAGAGAAGACAGAAGUUAUUCCAGACACUCCAGUUGCCCCUACACAACCCCAGCGUUCUGAGAAACCUUACAGCUGCACUGAGUGUGGAAAAGAGUAUGCUAGCCGCAGCGGAUUGAAGGGACACAUGAAAAUCCACAGCGGAAGUAUGAAUCUAUUAGCCAGUACCACAUCUGCACAGUCCUCGAUGGGAAACGUUGAGGAGCGUCUGGAGGUGACAACGAGUGGAAAACUGCGAGGAGAAGAUAGUAAAAACUCUUCUGAGGAGAGCACAGACAAACUGUCCUUGAAUAAGGAUCCGUUGUCCACUACAGACAGAGAUGACAAACCUGAAGACAGUUCUUAAAAGAAUGUGAUUAGUUAGGUUUUAGCACUAUGCUUGUUUACCAAUUUAUUGUUGUUAGGAGUAGUUUGAUUGUUGUUUGAUAUUUUAGAAUGGUAGUAAAUCAGUCAAAAUGUAAUACAGUAGUAGUGCCUUUUAAUGAAGACAAUGAAAUCAAAUUGAUAAAGACUUUAAAUAUCAGGAUGCACAGGAAUAGGAUCUUGAAAAUAAUAUUUUUGUAAAACAAAAAUGAAUUCUGCAUCUAAGUGCAAUUUGGAAUUCUCGCAUUUAAAAGAAAACAUAAAUAAACUUCUUUUGAUCAAAAUAAA